AACCAGGCGCGGGCGGUAGCUGACUAGGAAGGUGCAACUAAGGUGGUGCGACCGUGUCUCGACAGUCUUGACACAACAUAAAUAGACUGUCACUGUAAUCGAAGACGUGUUUAUAUAACGCAGCGCACGAUCUCGUAGUGUAUGCUUGUGGACGUUAAUUGUUGUAACGAGGAAACCAGCAGUGUGAAAUCGCGCCGGUGGGAAUCCAUGUUGGGGUGAGGACGUCUUCCCUGCGAUAGUUUCCUUAGUGGAUUCAGACGUUUCUGAACAAGACACACGUUUUUGCAUCAUUGCACUACAAAAACGGGUGAAACAUGGCAGCAAUGCAACGAGCCUGUCAGUUCCGAAGGGCUUCCAACGCCUGCAGUCGCAUCUGCGAAGCACAGCACUUAUCAUUUCGCGAGAAAGUCGUGCUGCCGGCCUGUGCGUGCCUACAAGCAAACGUACGGCUGCUGUCCACCUCGCAGCGACGCUCAUCUUCUAGCAGUACGCCCGGGUCAGUAGACGUCUCUUCAGCGGAGUACCAGUUCCUGGAGCGCAGUAUCCUGCCCACUAUGCAUUUUCAGAAGAGCCUUCCACGACUGCCAAUUCCAAAAUUGGAAAAAACUUGUGAGCGUUACUUGAAUGCUUUGGAGCCUCUGGUUACUUCAGAAGAUUUGGAAAAUACACGUGUUCUUGUUCACGCCUUCAAGAAUAAUGAAGGUGCAGAAUUGGACAGCCUGCUGAGAAAGAAGGACAAGGCCAACAAGCACACCAGUUACAUCUCAGCUCCUUGGUUUGACAUGUACCUGACUUCUCGCAAACCUCUUCCACUCAACUUCAAUCCAUUUUUGGCAUGGAAAGAUGACAAGCGGCCAGCAUACAUGGAUCAGACUGUUCGUGCAUGCAACAUGGUGAUCUCUUCUCUGCGCUUCUUGCGGUCCCUGCAAACCAAUCAGCUGGAGCCCAUGGUGUAUCACCUCAAUGCCAAAAAGAGUGACACACAGGCAUACAGACGUACCAUCAAAAUGCUGCCAGAAGCCUUGGCAUGGUAUGCAAGUGCUCUACUGUGGAAGGCUUACCCACUCGACAUGAGCCAGUUUCACAACCUCUUCGCAAGCACUCGAAUACCACUGAUUGUGCGUGAUAAAAUAGAGGUGUUUCCAGACUCCAAGCAUAUACUAGUAAUCCGCAAUGGCCACUUCUAUGCCCUUCAGGUUCUGGAUGAUAAAGGCAACCUGUUUGGACCUGAGCAUUACCAAGCAUGCCUAAGUCGCAUCAUGACUGACAAUCGGCCUGCACCUGCUGUUCCUGUGUCCGCUCUGACAGCAGGACCUCGGGAUGACUGGGCGAGGGCGCGUAAUGAACUCCUGUCUGCUGGAAAUGAGAGCACACUGCAGCAAAUAGACAGUGCCCUCUUUGUGCUGGUGCUGGACAGGGAAGCAUUUCAGGGCACAGAACAAGAGAAGAUAGCUCACCAUUUUCUUCAUGGCCCUGUUCACAACAGGUGGUUCGACAAGUCCUUUUCACUGCUUCUCACAGCAGAGGGGCAUGCAGCUAUUAACUUUGAGCACUCGUGGGGUGAUGGAGUGGCUGUACUGCGCUACUUUAACGACAUCUACACUGACAGCACUGAGCGACCUUAUGUUCACCCCGGAGAGUCUGCAAUUAUCAAUCCCGAGCCCUACAUUCAACGGCUUGACUUCAUCGUUAAUGAUUCAGUGAAAGCUGAUGUGCAGAAAGCCCAGCGAAAUUACGAGGAACACACAGGCAACCUUCAGUUGGCUGCUAUGGUGCACUCUGGCCUCACCAGGGAGCUUAUCAAGCAGAGCAAGCUCAGCCCGGAUUCAGUCAUGCAGCUCUCCUUUCAGCUGGCCUAUUUCCUGGCACAUGGAGGCACUGCGGCCACUUAUGAAUCGUGCAGCACGUCCGCUUUCAAGCACGGGCGAACCGAAACAGUGCGACCCGCAACGAUGGCCACAAAACGUUGCGUGAACGCACUCAGUUCAAACAAAGACCUCAAGCAUGCUCGACCGCUACUGGAGGAGUGCUCCAGAGUUCACAACCAACUCACAAAGGAGGCCGCCAUGGGUCAGGGGUUCGACCGCCACUUGUUUGCCUUGAGAGUCUUGGCUGAAGAGAAGGGACAGGCCUUGCCUGCAAUUUACAGAGACAAAUGCUUCGAAGAGGCAAAUCACUUUGUCCUUUCAACAUCCACUUUACAUGGUGUGGCUUUCAGUGGUGGUGGCUUUGCUCCUGUCGUGCCAGAUGGCUAUGGCAUCGGCUAUGGCAUGGUUGAUGACAAGUUGGGAGCCCUGGUCAGUGCUUACAGCCCACAUCGAGAUGCCAGGAAUUUCUCAGCGUGUAUGGCUGAAGCUCUAGAUCGUAUCUGUAUUGCCAUGAAGUGCACCUAGGUAGCGAUAGAAGUAUUCUUCACAUGAAGAUAGUUGAUGAUGCAUUCCUCUUAGUUUUGCCAAGGUUUAAUUUAAAGUAAUGCUGCCACUUCACUAACAAGGAGUGUGAGCACGGGGGCUCAAUCACUUUUUGUAUUCUUUGCAUAAGAUGGCAUUGAUCAUUUCGUGGAGCACACGGCAUACAGUGGUUUUCGUGUAACGUUUUAAAUCUGAAUUUAUGGACCAGUGUAAGCCAAUAAAUGCAGAGUAUGUUUUAGUAACACACAUAAACACAGACAUACAUACAUGUAUAUAUUGAUGCUUUGUACACUUGUAAAAGACAAUAAAAAGUAUUUUCUUGAUCA